AUAGUAUCCUGCGCGCAUGCAGUGAACGGAGAAGCAAUCACCUCAAGUAUCGGCACCCACAGUCAUGGCGCCCGUACUAGGAUACUGGGACGUCCGGGGUCUCGGUCAAUACCUGCGGUACCUGUUGGAGUACGCCAAAGUCGAUUACAAGGAAAAAAGGUACAGCUUCGGAACCGACCCUAACUGGACUAGAGACGAAUGGCUUGCGGACAAGCAAAACCUAGACCUGGACUUCCCCAACCUCCCGUACUACCUGGACGGCGACGUCAAGCUCACCCAGAGCUUGGCCAUCCUCAAGUACCUGGGUCGCAAGCAUGGCCUCGCUCCCAAGACCGACGAACUACAGCGGCGAGUGGACAUGAUCGAAAUGCAAGCCUUCGAUCUCAUCAUGUCCGCCGGUGAUCUCUGCUACGACCCCGCUUAUUCGGACGAAAAGCGGAAACAUUUCCUCGCAGAUGUAGCCGAGAAACUCCGGCAGUUCGAGGCCCUGCUGGAGAAGGACGGGCCCUUCGCGGCUGGCCAGAAUGUGACUUACGUCGAUUUCCUGCUCUACGAAGCGCUGGAGAUCGCUCGCGUCUUGGGCCCUAGCAACUUCAAGGGGAACUUCCAGUCCCUGGAGCAAUACAACGGGCGCGUGGCAGACCUUACCGGUCUGCGCGAGUAUCUUGCUUCGCCGCGCUUCAAGGACUGGCCCUUCUUUGGUCCCUUCGCCAACGCUAUGGGACCGCAGCAUAAGCCACCUUCUGACCAUUGAAUAUCUAAGGAUGCCGGCUAAGGAAACGCCAUUCGAAGUAAUCAAACCUUGUGCACUAGAGUCUCGUUGUCAUCACAGUGAGAUCUAUAGCGGGCGCGUACACAAUUGCUGACUUCGCGCCGUCCAACAGUGAUGACGUAGGAAGAGGAGGUUGCUUUCAGGCCUUGACCGUACGAGGUGGUGUUGACUAAAGUCAUCAAUAAACAGUAGUUUUGUUAUAAUAAUCUCCGAAGAAGCUGGCACAAUCUCGAAUAGGAGAAUUGGUCCACUAGCCCAGUGAUGGAAACAUUUUGCUUGUCAGGAAUGUCUUACUGCAGGCAUUUUCAUCAAAUAAAGUUUUCUUCGAAAAGGAAAAAAAAAAUUAAA